CCCUAAGUUAGAUGUGACUAGUAACCAAAGUCCAUACAACAUUUCGUGGAAAGCCGUUUAAUAGUUGUUGAGAUAUUUCAGUCUUGACCAAAUUGGUGGACCAACUGACAGACAGACAUUGUAAUUCUAGCACGGCGUAAAACUUGGGAAACUACAGGUCAUAAUAUGCCAUCCCCAAAAAGAAACAAAAAAGAUAGACAAUAAAAAAUACAACUAUACACAUAGACUAUACAUGGCAUCAGUAUGAACAGGAUCAAAGGAUGUCAAUGACACAGGCAUCAUUAAUUCUAAAAAUCGUCAUUAGUUCAACCUUUCUGUGGCUGUGCACCUGCUGAUUUGAUGAACUCAGUGACAUAUUAAUUAAACUUAUUAAUCAUUACAACUUUGUUUUUUCUGAGAAAAUCAUGUCAUGUCAUCUUCCUUUUUGCACAUGUGCGUGGAUGUCAGUCUGGCAUGCCUAAAGUUGAAGGUUCUUAUUACAUAACAUAAACUUUGACUUGUCAGUAUUUACUUUUAGCUUCACCAGAUAGGUUUUCUCUUUCUUUUACUAGACCAAAAGCUACAGUACCUUUUUUACCUUUUAACUUGUCAUGUCAGGUCAUGUAGUGUCACUAUUAUGACCAGUAAUAACUACAUUUGAUCAUAUAUUAAUCCAUUUUAUUAUUAUGAUGACACCACAAAUUGUUUUACUUGAUUGUAGAUAAGAUUAAAAAAUGGCAACUUUACUGUUUUAUGCUUUUAAUCAAAUUGAUAUAUUCAUCACUGUACAUGUAUUUAUGCCCUUUUUAUUUAUCCCCUUCAUUGUAUUCCUCCUAAAUGUCCUGAACCUCCUAUGUAGUGCCUGGCUUCACCACUAGGCUGUACUCUAUACAACUAAAUAUGAGCUGCAAGCACUGCAAUGCCACUGAAAACUCACUGCUUCCAAAAGUGUAAACCAAAGCCAUAAUGUAGAAAACAUGAAUAUACAAUAUUAACAUGCCUAUUCUCAUUAAAAUCACAGUUGAUCUACAUUAACUAUUGGUUGAAGGGAGACGGAUGCAGGAGAAGGCUACAUUCCUGUCUGAAUGCACCUGAAACAAGAUUGGUGAUGAAAGACAUGGAAAAUACUCUGUGCCAAAUGCACAAUGCUGGAUGCAAGUAUAUUCAGAAAGGGAAAGUGGUAAACAUUUCCUUCACUGUUGCUGUGCAGGAAUGUGAAGGCUCUUAAUCUUAAUCCUGGGAAUUUGUGAGGGAACAAAGCUGAUUGGGUGACCUGCUGCCUGGCUGCCUGAACCCCCCACCAGUUACUGGACUAAUAGAGCAUUCCCUGACACACAUUUACACUGAGACCCACUGUACCACUGUAUUGUCAUCAUUAAAGGAGUAGUGCGACAUUCAGGGAUAUAAGCUUAGAUGAGAAGAUUGAUACUAUCUGUAAUUCCUGAAGUAACAACCAGUUGCUUGUUAGCUUAGCUUAGCAUAAAGACUGGAAAAGGGGAGACAAAGGUGUUUCUCUCCUGGAAACUUCAUAAUGAUGAAAGAAAACAUAACUUUUGUUUUUAUGCUUGCUGUUUUACUUAAUUUCCAGUCUUUGCACUAAAAUAAGCUAGACUAACUGUCCCAUAUUCUGAAACUUACUUUAAAGCCAAAGUUAAAUAGAUUUUCCUUUUCAUGACAUGGAUUUCAUAGUCUUUUGCACUACUUUAACUGUCUCUUGAGCAUUUCUUGGCCACUUUUAACUUGUAUGAUUAAUGUAUCAAAGGCACAUUUGACCUUCGCAACACCAACUAGAUUGCUUUACACUGUGAAAAAACUAAAAGUUGCAUUUUAGUGGAAACGGCAACAAGCAUCUGAUAUUUUACCUUGUGAGUAAAAAAAAAUAAAAAUCCACUGUGCAUGGUUUGGUGUUACUAAUCUGUCUGCCCCCACCUCCACCUCCUCCCUGUUCUGUCCCCCUCCUGGACUGGCUGGCAUGCGCCUGGAAUAAAAAUGUGUGAGGCCUUUUGUCCUGUUGGUUCGGUGGAACAGCUCUACCCUCAGACAGGAGAAUAGGAGCUCGGUGAGAAAAGGUCGUUCUUCUCUCAAAAGAGGAGAGCAACAUGGCUGCUUGAAUAGGAGCAGAAGAAGAAGAAGAAGAAAGAGGAAGACCCUCAGUCCCUUCAACCUGGAGAUGCACUUGAAGACAAAUGGGGUCAGAGCUGUCUUUGGAAAGCAGUUUUCUCUUUGAUAUGGAUUCAGCCUGCAGCUCCUGACGUUUACUGAGCAGAAAGGAUAGCAGAGAGGAGAGGACGCUGGUGCAGUUUACAUACAGGCUGGUAGAUAGACCAGUACACUCACAAUCAGUUCAGGAUGGUAGAAGCAGCCGAGGACAGAGAGACGAUGACCAGCCAGCAGGCUCUGUGUGACCCUGAGCAGAAGACCAGCAAACGCAUCUCCACUCUCAAAUUGUUCAUUAUAGCGCUGUCCUUCGCCUAUUUCUCCAAGGCCCUGACAGGGACCUACAUGAAGAGCUCCAUCACUCAGAUUGAGAGACGAUUUGACCUCUCCAGCACGCACAUUGGACUCAUAGAUGGCAGUUUUGAAAUGGGCAACUUGUUAUUUCUAGCCGUGGUCAGCCAUUUUGGUGCAAAGCUUCAUCGGCCCAGACUCAUUGCUGUGGGCUGUUUCCUGAUGGCUGUGGGGGCCUUUCUCACCGGCCUGACACACUUCUUCAUGGGGCGCUACAAGUACGACACAAUCAUCCAGGCUUUCCAGAAUGACUCUGUGAACAUCGCUGCCUGUGUGGAAACACAAGAUGUGCCCGAAAUUCAGAUUGAGCCCUCUAUGGAAGACAGCAAAGUCUGUGUGAAAGAGUCUAGUUCACACAUGUGGAUCUAUGUGUUCCUGGGGAACGCACUGCGGGGGAUUGGAGAAACCCCAGUCACACCUCUGGGCAUCUCCUACAUCGAUGAUUUUGCUAAAGCUGAAAACUCUCCCUUCUACAUAGCUUGUCUCCAGACUAUUACUCUCCUGGGCCCCAUGUUUGGUUUCCUCCUGGGCUCCUACUGUGCCAAACUAUACGUUGACAUUGGCUAUGUUGAUAUGGAGAGUGUGACCAUCACCCCUAAAGAUGCCCGCUGGGUGGGUGCCUGGUGGUUGGGCUUCCUGGUGUCCUCCGGCCUCUUGCUCAUCUCCAGCAUUCCCUUCUGGUUCCUGCCCCGCUCGCUGCCCAAGCAGGGGGGAGAUAAGGUCAAGCAGACACCUGUCCAAGAAAUUCUGGAUGGGACAGAGGAUGCCCUCAACAACAACCACAACCUCAAGCUAACUGAAAUCGCAAAAGGAUUUCUUCCCUCGCUAAAGCGUCUGUUGGGAACUCCUGCCUACUUCCUGCUUCUUUGUGGCAGCAUCCUGAAGUUCAACUCCUUCAUUGGCCUGUUCACCUUCAAAGCCAAAUACAUGGAGCAACAGUUUGGACAGUCCGCAUCCAGAGCCAACUUCCUCAUAGGUGUGGUGAACCUACCAGCAGUGGCAGUGGGGAUCUUCCUGGGAGGGCUGCUGAUGAAGAGGUAUAAACUGAGCGUGGUGUCCGGGGCUCAGCUCUCUUUUUGCACGUCCUUCAUGGCGUACCUCCUCUUACUGCUGCAGUUUGGCACCAAGUGUGACAACAUUCCCGUGGCAGGGCUCACCAUCUCCUACAACGGGUCAGCGCUGAGACAUGAAUGGACAAAGAGUGUAUCGUACAACAGUGAAAUGCUCUUCUCAGAGUGUAACAGAGACUGCUCAUGUUCAGCAGAGGAGUGGGACCCCGUGUGUUCAGACAGUGGCAUCACCUACAUUUCUCCGUGUAUGGCUGGCUGCCUGAACUCCAGUGGAUAUGGCAAGAACACAGUUUUUCACAACUGCAGCUGUGUGUCCGCCUCCUACCCAGCAGGCAGCAGCAUGUCAGUGAAGCUAGGCCAGUGCCCCCAUGCCAAGGACUGCAGCCGGAGUUUCACCUCCUACAUGGCUGUGUCUGUCCUCAGCUCCUUCAUCAACUCUCUGGGAGCCACUCCUGGCUACAUGGUCAUUAUACGAUGUAUCUCACCAGAGCUCAAAUCCCUUGCGCUGGGUAUGCAGGCCUUGGUCACUAGGACUCUUGGUGGAAUUCCUGCACCAGUAUAUUUCGGAGCCCUGAUUGACUCAACUUGCCUGAAAUGGUCGCUCAAGAAAUGUGGCGGCAGAGGAGCGUGUCGCAUUUAUGACGCUGAUACGUACAGGACCAUCUUCCUGGGUCUGAUCACUUGUCUCAGUGGUUCUUCCUAUUUCUUCAUCAUUGCCGUUAUAAUCCUCCUCAGACGCCAGUUCCGGAAGUCUGAGCAAGAAACAGAGACACAACGAUCAAAAGCUUCAAAGGAAAUUGAACUUCGGACCCCAUCAAACCCCAAUGAGGUCCAGCCUAGUGCUCCUAAAACUCCCAAGCUCUCUCUUGCCCCCAGAGUUUGCACAAAGAUCCUGACAGAACCGGAGCAGGGAGGGGAAGUUCACAGUAUAAAGCAGCCCCCACCCUCCAGUUAUAACACACUGGAGACCACUGCUGAGUUAACUCCUCGUAGUCAUGGAGCUAAGAUAGAGAUGGACGGGCUGACAUCAGAGGAGGAGAUGAAAGAUGGAAAAGUCUGUGAGGAGAACAAUGCACAGGUGAAAGAAGAUGAGCUGGAUCAUCACAUCAGCGACAAGAAUGAGUCAGAGAAAGAAACAGCACAAAGCAGAGAAACUGACAACCAACAAAAAUAAGUCAUUAACAGUGUGGUUUCAACUACAGGGUCAAACACGGCCAAAUGGGACCAUUCCUGAAAUGUUUCCCAGUUAGGUCAAUGGUCAAGAUGGAUUGCAAAUGCGUCUGGGCUAACCUCCUCUAUGCUAACAGUAUUAUUUUCUAUUUUACUGUAUUACAGGAUAGAGCUGUUACAUUACACUUAGUCCUGAAGAGGAAAGGGGCUAACAGUGGUCCGAUUUCCACUUCUGCAUAAUUAAAAUAUAGAAACAUAUCACAAUAUCGAGUGUUAAAAUGGGAAAGUUCUGGAUGUGCGCAGUGACCGAUGAUUCAAUGUGCUGAGACUGUGUAGUGACAAGUUUUGAAUCAUGUGUACAAAUGAUUACAGAUCAGCCCUGCAAGGCCCAAAGUGAACACGAGAGCAAAGUCAUCAGCUAAAACACUGUAAAUGUUUUGUUAAAAUUAAAAGACUUUAAAUUAAAAGGCCUUGGAUGAGUAAUAUUAUUGCCACAUUAUAUUCUGCAUAUCUGAAUAGUCUCAAAAUGUUCCAUGAAACCAUGAAUGAUUUUCAUAAAACCAUGCUAUGGAGACAAAGAAUGAAUGAAAAUUACUGCCCUGUUAGGUUCCUUACUUAUUUGCUAAAAGAGAAAAUUGAG